AUGUACGUCGCGCCCAUGUCUCGGCAGUCCGAGGCUAGGGACACCCGAAUGCAGGCCGCUCGGGAGGAGAGGAAGAGGGCAGCGGCAGCCGCGGCGGCGGUGGCGGCGGCGCUCGAGGGGGCGGUGGCUGGCGUGGUGGAGGCAAGGGACGCAGCAACGCGGGAGCAGGCGACGCGGGAGGCUCGCGCGGCGGUACGCCUGCAGGCGGUGAUGAGGGGCCGGGCAGGGAGAGAGUUCGUGCGCGGAGAGCGCAGCCGACUGACGUCGAUGGCUGUCCUGGUGCAGGCGGCGUACCGUGGACGGGCUGCCCGCGGACAGGUGGCUGCGCGGCGGGCGGCGAGGGAGGCGAGGGAGAGGGCAGCGGCAGCCGCGGCGGCGGUGGCGGCAGCGCUCGAGGGGGCGGUGGCUGGCGUGGUGGAGGCAAGGGACGCAGCAACGCGGGAGCAGGCGGCGCGGGAGGCUCGCGCGGCGGUACGCCUGCAGGCGGUGAUGAGGGGCCGGGCCGGGAGAGGGUUCGCCCGCGGAGAGCGCAGGCGACUGGCGUCGAUGGCUGUCCUGGUGCAGGCGGCGUACCGGGGACGAGCUGCCCGCCGACACGUGGCUGCCCUGCGGGCGGAGGCAGCGGCAGCCGCGGCGGCAGCGCUGGAGGGAGCGGUGGAGGAACAGAUGGCUCGCAUCGAGGCAGAGGAAGCCAGGGCAGCGGCGGCAGCGGCUACGGCGCUGGCACGGAGGAAGGGGUGGUGGUGGUGGCAGGUGGUCAUGCUGCUGAUGACUGUGGUCGUGGCAGUUGGCACUUGGCCAGUCCUGCUGCUGCAAGGGCCGCUGAGCGUGCCGUGCGGGCGCACCUCGCUGGCGUCCGGCGAAGGGCCGAUGGCGGUCGGCGAGUGCGUCGAGUCCGAGGGGGGCUCGCGGUACCUGGGCUGGGUGCCGGGUGUCAGCUGGAAGGCACGGCUGACCGUCACCGACGACGGAGCCGUGUACUCGGGCACGGACGGGAAGGAGGUGCCCUUUUCCGCCGUCCUCGGCAAGGGGAUGAGCAGCAACGGCGGCGACGGCGGCGGCGACGGCAACGGGCAGGACGGGGCGGGGGGCAUGCUCUGUUCCGCGGAACGGCUGGUCCGCAGGGCCGUGCCGUUCAUCGGCGACUUCGAGCACCGCGCACGCAUGCGCGGGGAGAAGCUCGUGGUGGGGCGCGGCUUUUUCUGCCGCACCCACGAGACCCCCCGCCGCCCGCCGAGGAGCGUCAUCGACGCUCUAUUUCGGGGCCGCGGCGGCGGGGUGGCCAGCUUUUCGGAGCACACCGGCGACCUGCACGUGGUCAACUCCCGUGGCAAGGUGGUGUGGUAA